CUCAGUGUGACGAGAAGAUCUAGUGCUAACCAGACCGUGCACUACACACCAGCCCAGAGCACUCUGCCCUCUGCUGCAUCCACAGAGGCAUGUAUAGCCGCCAAGCAGACAGACCUCGCAGAGUUAAGUCUUUUGACUCCAUGAGCGUAAAUUGUGAGGAUGGCCAAAUAAAUAAUGAGCUCAACAAGUCAAAUUACAUGAGUAGUGAAGACAACAAAGAGAAUAAUGAGAACGCAGUGCAGGAGGGCCGAGUAACUGUGAUAUUUUCCAUUAAAAAUGAAGUCGGAGGACUUGUGAAGGCACUGAAACUUUUUCAGGAGAAACAUGUUAAUCUCAUUCACAUUGAAUCUCGUACAUCAAAAAGAAAUUCGGAGUUUGAAAUAUUCCUGGACUGUGACAGUAACCGAGAGCAGCUGAAUGAGAUCUUCCAGCUGCUCAGGCCACAUGUCAAUCUGAUCACCAUGAACCCGCAGGAGGACUUCAGUGUUGAGGAGGAUGAUAUGGAAAGUGUUCCUUGGUUUCCCAUUAAAAUCUCCGAUCUGGAUAAAUCGGCAAACAGAGUGCUGAUGUACGGAUCCGACCUGGAUGCGGAUCACCCUGGUUUCAAGGACAACGUGUAUCGCAGGAGGAGGAAGUACUUUGCAGAUGUGGCAAUGAACUACAGAUAUGGGGAUCCAAUACCUCAUAUUGAAUUUACUGAAGAGGAGGUGAAGACUUGGGGCACGGUUUUUCGAGAGCUGAAUAAAUUAUACCAAACCCAUGCCUGCCGAGAGUAUCUGAAGAACCUUCCUCUACUAGUCAAACACUGUGGAUACCGGGAAGACAAUAUUCCCCAACUAGAAGAUGUUUCAAGAUUUCUUAAAGAGCACUCGGGAUUUACAAUCCGCCCUGUUGCUGGCUAUUUAUCGCCUAGAGAUUUCUUGGCUGGCUUAGCAUUUCGGGUCUUCCACUGCACCCAAUAUGUGAGACAUAGUUCUGACCCCCUGUAUACCCCAGAACCUGACACUUGCCAUGAGCUCCUUGGACAUGUUCCUCUUCUGGCUGAACCAAGUUUUGCACAGUUUUCCCAAGAAAUUGGCCUGGCAUCUUUAGGGGCAUCGGAUGAAGCUGUUCAGAAACUGGCUACCUGCUACUUUUUCACAGUGGAAUUCGGUUUGUGCAAGCAAGAGGGAAUGCUGAAGGUGUACGGAGCUGGAUUGCUCUCUUCCAUAAGUGAACUCAAACACUCGGUCUCAGGGAAUGCCAAUGUAAAGCCUUUUGAUCCUAUGGUAACCUGCACUCAGGAGUGUAUCAUUACCUCCUUCCAGGAGGUAUACUUUUACUCUGAAAGUUUUGAAGAAGCCAAAGAAAAAAUGAGGGAGUUUGCAAAGACCAUUAAGAGACCAUUUGGACUGAAAUACAAUCCAUACACCCAAAGUGUGCAGAUCCUUAAAGACACCCAGAGCAUCACCAACUUGGUGAGCGAGUUGCGCCAUGAACUAGAUAUCCUUCAACCUUCACUUUUGUCUAUCUUCUGACACAGAAAUGAUAAGGCCCAACCCAAAGCUCAGAGGGGCCGACUUUCACCACUGAGAAAGGUGGUAAAUGUACAAGCUCCCCCCAUUCUGAUUUUAGGCCCAAAAUUCUGCAUUGAAUAAUUCCAGAAAAUAUCUAUGUAAGGGAGCUCUGUUUAUCUUACUGCAUAAUUCAUAUAAUUCUGACUACCUACAGCCACCACUAGAGGGAGCUAACUACAUAUGGACUUACAAAACUACGGUAGUACUCAACCAUGGUAGCUGCAAUAGCUGCUAUGACAGUGUCGGGGGAAGCAUUUAUGGACUCUCUUCUAUCAACAAUCAUAUAUAACAUGUCUUUAUGGCAGGUACAUUAAAUGGUAGUGCCUACGGGUACUUUCACACUAGCGUUGCUGGAUUCCGGCAGGAAAUCCGGAACUGCAUGCCGGAUCCGGCAAUCUGUAUGCAAACGGAUACCAUUUGUAGACAGAUCCGGAUACAUCUCACCAAUG